AAUUAUAGUUUGGGAUUUGUGAGUGGUAAAAAGUUGUGAAAAUGUGUUUAUUUAAAAGUAGUUUAUGUGUUUUAAUAUUUCUUUCGACUUGUGCCGAAAUUAGCACAGAUGUAGAAGGCAGUUUGAUGUCAAUGAUGGACUUCAGGUACUGGCGAUGCGUUAUGAAGCGAGAGUGGAAAUGUCCCGAUAGCGAAGUAAACUUUUUCCUAUUUACACCGGAGCGGCCGUACAAACAGUGGGUCCACGUCGGCCACCGAGACCUCCGGGACUACGGCUGGAAGCUGGACAGGAAGAACGUCUUCAUCAUCCACGGAUUUAACGGAACACACGCUAAGACGCCUAUAUCAUUCUUACGAGACGCAUACCUUUCACGCAAGGACUACAAUGUUUUCAUGGUGGACUGGUCAAUGCUGUCGAGGUUCCCAUGCUAUAUGUCGGCGCUUUCGAAUAUGAGAUUAGCAGCGCAAUGUACCGCUCAACUAUACUCGUUGUUGACGCAAGCCGGGGCUUUAGCGAAGAUGACAACGUGCGUGGGACAUUCCCUGGGCGCACACGUCUGCGGCAUGAUGUCGGAGCAUCUCACACAAAAACAGUACAAAAUUGUUGGUCUGGAUCCAGCUCGACCGUUAGUAAGUGAGUUCGGAUCCCGGCGGUUCCGUUUGACCCGAGAGGACGCCCAUGUGGUGCAUGUGCUGCAUACCAACGCCGGCUUCUUGGGGGAGGCCGGCCCCAUAGGGCACGCCGACUUCUGCAUCAAUGGCGGCCAGAGACAGCCCGGGUGCAAGGGACAUCUCAUGCGUAUAUCUCGGUGCAGUCAUUUCAUGAGUUCGUGCUAUUUCGCGGCGAGUGUGCGUCGUCGCCUCCACAUUGACGCCAUCCCCUGCGAUAGUACAUGUCCCAAACAAGGACGCUGGGGACUGCGGACGGACAGGAGACCGGUGUUGUUAGGCAACGAUAUUCCUGACACGGCUCGAGGAAUGUAUUGCGCGCAAGUUGACAAUGAAGAGAAUUGUCCUUUCGAUUAAACAAGACGUGUAAAAUAAUGAUAGUACAAAUAAACAAAUAUCAUACAAUU